AUGGGGGUGUUACAUAAGCUAAAUGAUGCCUUGUGGGCCUUCCGCACCAUUUACAAAGCUCCUACCGACACCACCCCGUACCAACUUGUUUAUGGAAAGGCGUAUCGUCUACCGGUAGAGGUUGAACAUCGGGCAUAUUGGGCGAUUAAGAAGCUUAAUGAGGAUCUAUCUAUAGCUGGAAGGGAAAGAACGCUCCAACUCAACGAGCUUGAAGAGUGGUGUUUGCUCGCAUAUGAGACUUUAAAAGCUUACAAAGAGAGGUCUAAGCUCUACCACGACAUGCAUAUUAAGAUAAACAAGGAAUUCGUGGUAGGAGAAAGCUAA